AUGCUCUUAGAAGAAAAAAGAUGGGAGCUCUCUGGUAAAGAUGAUGAUAAAAUUUAUCGCGGCAUCAACAACUACCACAAAUACAUUAAACCCAAAGACUCCACCAUGGGCAACGCUUCCUCUGGUAUGGUCAGGAAAGGACCAAUAGAGCACCUGAGGGCCACAGUACGGUGGGAUUACCAGCCUGACAUUUGUAUAGACCAUAAAGAGACUGGCUUCUGUGGGUUUGGAGACAGCUGUAAGUUUCUCCACGACCGCUCAGACUAUAAGCACGGCUGGCAGAUUGAGCGAGAGCUGGAAGAAGGACGAUAUGGGGCAAACGAUGAGAACUAUGAAGUGAGCAGCGAUGAGGAAGAUCUUCCUUUCAAGUGUUUCAUUUGUAGCGAUUCGUUUAAAAACCCCAUUAUUACAAAGUGCCGGCACUACUUCUGCGAGGCCUGUGCUCUCCAGCACUACCGCAAAUCUAAGCGCUGCUACGUUUGCAACCAGCAGACCAAUGGCGUCUUCAACCCUGCCAAAGAGCUCAUGGCUAAGAUGCAGAAACAACAGGCAGCUGAUGACCAGCCUCCCUCAGAUGAGGAUGACUAGCGCCACAACUUCCCCUUCUGCGUUUUACUUUUGUUAGUCAGAUUCCCUCGGACUUGAACAUUUUCAAAACCUUUGAAAUAAACAUACUUUUGGAGAACGACUUUUUUUAGUGAUCGUUCUAUGAGAACAACUAUAACAAUGACCCAAAAGAACAAUAUUGUAAUUUAAGCUGAUGAAGGCAAAAAAUAUUGACAGCCAAUCAGAAUCCACCCGGCAUUAACCUUGGUGAUUGUUGUUAGCAAACUUAAAGUUUAUCUUUAAAAACAUUAUUUUUAACAUUGUUA